CUUGAAAUUAUAUUCAUAGAUUCCUCAAAGAAACUGAAAGAUGUGCUGGAAGAGUUUCAUGGAGAUGGAGUGAUGUCCAAAUAUAACCCUGAACAGCCUAUAGAUUACGAAGGCUUCAGAUUAUUCAUGAAGACAUAUCUGGAGGCGGAAAUCCCCGAAGAACUGUGUCAGCAUUUGUUCAUGUCGUUUAAAAGGAAGACAUGCCAAAAUUCACCAGCAUCCCUGAGGCAAAACGCAAGCAAUUCACAAUUCAAUCUACUGGAAUCAAAAACUCUAGAUUCUGGCAUCUCGUUCCAGACAGAAGUCGCUUGUGCUCCUAUUACAGGAAUUAAUGGCAAAAGUAUUCUAAACGCCAUGAAAAGACAGCCUCCAGAUGGCAGGAGUCCUCAGAUCAACCUCACCGACCAGCAACCUUCCAGCUUGGCUCCAUUUGCUGCUGCCUCAGCAACCUAUUCUCCUGGUUCCUCUCGCUCUUCCUCUCAGAAAUCCACUGCCGCUGCUCACUCCGCUCAUAACGCCUCUGGCUCCUUCAAGAUUUUCUCUGCUUCACCACUUAACUCUCAUUCCCCAGGUACAAAGAGUCUAGAUAAGAAGAUGAGUUUAUCACUUCGGAAGAGUCACAGCCCCCUGAAGGCACCAGCUCACAUGCUGCAGCCCCAGAUGCCACAAGUGGUCUACCUAAAGGAUAUUGUUUGCUACCUGUCGCUGUUGGAGCGUGGAACAGCCGAGGAUAAACUGGAAUUUAUGUUUCGGCUUUACGACACAGAUGGAAAUGGUUUUCUGGACAGUUCUGAGUUAGACCGAAUCAUUAAUCAAAUGGUCCACGUUGCAGAGUAUUUGGAAUGGGAUGCUACUGAACUCAGGCCAAUACUAAUGGAGAUGAUGGAGGAAAUUGACUAUGAUCACGACGGUAGGGUUACACUUGAAGAGUGGAUAAGAGGUGGGAUAACUACCAUCCCAUUACUGGUCCUCCUUGGCAUGGAAACAAAUGUGAAAGACGAUGGCCAACAUGCAUGGAGAUUAAAACACUUUAACAAGCCUGCCUACUGCAACUUCUGCCUGAAUAUUCUACUGGGUGUUAGAAAACAAGGCCUCUGCUGUUCAUUUUGCAAAUACACAGUCCAUGAACGAUGUGUCUCCAAAGAGAUUGCUUCAUGUAUAAGCACAUAUGUUAAAUCCAAGAGAAAUACUAAUGCUAUGCAGCAUGUUUGGGUGGAAGGAAACUCACCAACCAAAUGUGAUAAAUGCCACAAAAGCAUUAAAUGUUACCAGGGCCUCACCGGUCUACACUGUGUUUGGUGCCAGAUUACUCUGCACAAUAAAUGUGCCUCGCAUAUCAAGCCUGACUGUGAUGGUGGACAACUGAAAGAGCAUAUCUUACUUCCCUCCUAUAUAUGUCCUGUAGUUCUGGAUAGACAGCCCAAUCAGAAAAAGGGCGAAACGAAUUCACCGACAACCACAAGUUCAGAUGACAGUCAGGCUUUCAAAUGUAACACAACAACAAUGGAUGGACAAGGACUGCAGAUCACACCUGUGCCUGGUACGCACCCUCUCCUAGUGUUUGUCAAUCCCAAAAGUGGCGGAAGACAAGGAGAAAGAGUUCUUCGAAAAUUUCAAUACCUCCUCAACCCAAGGCAAAUUUAUAAUCUUGACAGGGGUGGCCCUGUGCCAGGGUUAAAUUUUUUUCGCGAUAUACCCGAUUUUCGAAUCUUGGCCUGCGGAGGAGAUGGAACAGUCGGGUGGAUAUUGGAUUGUAUCGAUAAAAUUAAUCCAACAAAGCAUCCACCCGUAGCUGUACUACCAUUGGGGACCGGAAAUGAUCUUGCUCGAUGUUUGAGAUGGGGAGGAGGAUAUGAAGGUGGGAACGUUAUGAAAGUUCUCAAAGACGUGGAAAAUAGUACAGAAAUGAUGCUGGACAGAUGGAGCAUAGAGGUGAUUCCAAACAAUAAGGAAGAAAAGGGUGAUCCUGUACCAUACAGUAUUGUCAACAACUAUUUCUCAAUAGGUGUGGAUGCAUCAAUAGCUCACAGAUUUCACGUAAUGAGAGAGAAGCAUCCGGAAAAAUUCAACAGCAGAAUGAAGAACAAACUGUGGUAUUUUGAAUUUGGAACAACGGAGACAUUUUCUGCUACUUGCAAAAAGUUAAAUGAAUUUAUAGAAGUGGAGUGCGAUGGAAUUGUCCUUGAUGUCAGUAACAUGUCACUGGAAGGGAUUGCAAUCCUUAACAUUCCCAGUAUGCAUGGCGGCUCUAACCUUUGGGGCGAAACAAAGAAGCGAAGGAACUAUAACCGCAUGAGUAAAAAAGUCCCAGAGAAGCUGGUUUCAACAACAGUUACAGAUGUGAAGGAACUGAAGUUCUGUGUCCAAGACUUAAGUGACCAGAUGCUUGAGGUCGUGGGCCUUGAAGGUGCCAUGGAGAUGGGACAGAUUUACACCGGAUUGAAGAGCGCUGGCAAACGUCUGGCCCAGUGCACAUGCGUUACCAUCAGAACAACUAAACUGCUGCCAAUGCAGAUUGAUGGGGAACCUUGGAUGCAGCCACCUUGCUCUAUUAAAAUCACUCACAGAAACCAGGUCCCCAUGCUGCUGGGACCCCCUUCAAAGGCCAACUUAUUUUUCUGGAAAAGGAGAAAUCGCAGCAGAGAUUAAACAUGCAAGGAAAUGUUUACAGCUGAAGAUUAUAAUGUUACACGAAAGCCCCCUGGACUAAGGAAUCUGUUUCUUUUUACUUUGAAUAUUUUAAUUUUAUUCAACAUUUGUAUCGCCGAAUCAUUGGAUUUAAACAGUGUACACGUGACCUGGAUUUGAAACAAAACCCUUUGUACAAUUUAAAAUGGAUGUAUGAAGUGAAAUCAUAAACUCUCCAAGAAUGAGUGGACUCGGUAAAUACUUUGGUGUUUUCAGAUUCCAUGUGAAAAUCUUUGUCCAGUGUCUUAGGAACAAUCAUGCAAUCCGGAGUCAUCACUGCUACAGCAAACAUUCAACUUCAGCUGUCGUUGUCUGACCAAUGCAUAUUGCCUGAUAAAUGUCCACUAGUUACAUCAUCAUCUAAGAGCUGCAGGCAGUUCUGGUUCAGCAACAAGGAAUGUGCAUUCCGGGUUUAUAUACGUACAGGUGUUUUGAAAUUGCAAGUUCCAUGCUGGGCACUUUGAAUGAAAAGACCAUCGUUUCAUGAUAAAACAUGAUGUACGUAAUGGUGAAUCGUGUUUCCUGCUGUAAUAUCAUUGCCAUAGCUAUAUAACAUCUACGGCAAAAUAUAAUGAAGUGGCUGUGCCGAUAUUCCUAAUAUCAGCAAGGACUGAGAAACGUGUAGAGUAAAUAGUUGUGUCAACAUUCAGAGAAGCUGUGUGUGUGUGCAUGUGUAAGAAAGAACUGCAGAUGCUGGUUUAAAUCGACGAUAGACACAAAACGCUGGAGUAACUCAGUGGGUGAGGCAGCAUCGCCGGAGAGAAGGAAUGGGCGAUGUUUCGGGUCGAGACGUCUCCCAUUCCUUCUUUCCAGAGAUGCUGCCACACCCGCUGAAUUACUCCAGCAUUUUGUGUCGACCUGUGUGUGUGCCUCAUG